GCUGAAGGCAGCUUGGAGAAGGGAAGGAGGCAAGGCUUUGCUGGAGGAUUUUUGGUUCAGGUGAAAGCAGAGAGAGUCUGGAUGUGAUGAGAGAUCCCAUGAACAGAAGGGGGUCUAGAUCUAAGGGUUGCUCACCUGGGCAUUGGAUUUAAUACUUGGAGGGAAGGGAAGAUGUUGUGCUUCUUGUUACAGCCUGUUUCCAAAAUGUGACUGGAACCCUGGAGGAGACACCCCAUCAUCCAGCCUCCACUCUUGUGCAUGCAGAUCUAUGUCUUUGGAAGCAACCACUCGUUAAGAGGCAAGCAGUCAAGAAGGCAGAGCUCCUAGCAGGGAAACUGAUCCUGAUCCUGUUCCCUUUGUGCUUAUGGACUUCUUGGGUUGAUUUUUGCUGGACAACCUUCACCUGUCUCUCACCAUGAGCUGUUCCUAAGAACUGGGAUCGGAUUUCCUGAACGUCUGCUUUCCUUCCUUUUGGUUUGCUUUUUUUCCUAAAAGAAAAGUUUGAAUCAUGAUCACAGUGAAUUCAGAUGGGAAAAUAAUGGUCAGAAGAUGUCUCGUCACCUUGAGGCCUUUUAGGAUAUUUGUGGUAGGCAUUGGAUUUUUCACUCUCUGCUUCUUAAUGACAUCCUUGGGAGGUCAGUUUUCAGCCAAAAGACUGGGAGACUCUCCAUUCACCAUCAGGACAGAAGUGAUGGGGACUCUGGAGUCCAGAGGAGUGCUGAGGAAAAUGAGUGAUAUGCUGGAGACAAUGGUGAAGAGGAUGGAAGUGCUAGCCAGGCUGGAGAAUAGCACAGACUUCCGGAAAGGGGAAGAAGCCCAUUUUCCAAUGGACAGGUUCCAUCCAGCAGCUGGUCUGAUGGAGAGGAUUCAAGCAAUUGCUCAGAAUGUCUCAGACAUCGCAAUGAAGGUGGAUCAGAUUCUUCGCAACAGUCUCCUAAAUGGAAAAUCCAUAGAAGGCCGACGGGACCAAUGUGAAGUGCCCAGAGAUCCGAAGUACCCCGAUUGCUCUGGAAAAGUAGAGUGGAUGAGGGCUCGAUGGACUUCAGACCCUUGCUAUGCAUUCUUUGGUGUGGAUGGCACAGAAUGCUCAUUCCUGAUCUACCUCAGUGAAGUUGAGUGGUUCUGCCCAGUGCUGCCUUGGCGAAAUCAGUCAGCAGCUGCCCCUUCUUCCAACCCAUUGCCCAGGAUACAGGCGGCUUUUCAGAGAGACUUCGCCUAUCUUCUGGAGUUAAUUGGCAGUGGCAAGGAGUCCUUGAUCUUCAUGAAGAAACGGAUCCGUCAUCUGGCCACACAAUGGCUGAGGGCCUCUCAUAAACUGGAACAGAAGCUGGAGGGAAAACACCGAGAUCGGAAGCAGAUUUUGAUCCACAUUGGCUUCUUGACAGAAGAAUCAGGAGAUGUUUUCAGCCCUCGUGUAUUAAAAGGGGGCCCAUUGGGGGAGAUGGUCCAAUGGGCAGAUAUAUUAGCCGUUCUUUACAUCCUGGGCCACAGUCUGAAGAUCACCGUCUCUUUGAAAGAACUUCAGAGUAACUUAGGAGUGCCACCUGGUCGAGGUAAUUGUCCCUUGAUGGUUCCUUUGCCCUUUGAUCUCAUUUAUACGGACUACCAUGGACUGCAGCAGAUGAAGCAGCAUAUGGGCCUCUCCUUUAAAAAAUAUAGAUGUCGUGUUCGAGUAAUCGAUACUUUUGGGACUGAACCUGCAUACAAUCAUGAGGAAUAUGCCACUCUGCAUGGAUAUCGAACAAACUGGGGCUAUUGGAACCUCCAUCCUAAACAGUUCAUGACAAUGUUUCCUCAUACACCAGAUAAUUCUUUCAUGGGGUUUGUGUCAGAAGAGCUCAAUGUGACUGAGAAGCAGUUUAUUAAAUCCAACAAGGCCAACAAUAUGGCGGUUGUCUAUGGGAAGGAAGCCAGCAUUUGGAAGGAAGUCAAUCUUACCUCUUCUUGCUUCUCUCUAUGUGCCAACAUGGAUUUCCAGUUACAGGGUAAAGAGAAGUUUCUAGCCAUCCUUAAUAAAUACAUGGAGAUCCAUGGCACUGUUUAUUAUGAAACCCAACGCCCACCGGAGGUUCCAGCUUUUGUGAAGAAUCAUGGACUUUUGCCCCAGCAUGACUUUCAGCAGCUGCUGAGAAAAGCCAAGCUCUUUAUUGGCUUUGGUUUUCCUUACGAAGGCCCUGCCCCUUUGGAAGCAAUAGCUAACGGAUGUGUUUUUCUGCAAGCUCGUUUCAAUCCACCCCACAGUUCACUCAAUCAUGAAUUCUUCAGAGGGAAGCCAACAUCAAGGGAGGUAUCCUCUCAACAUCCCUAUGCAGAAGAUUUCAUUGGAAAACCUCAUGUGUGGACAGUGGAUUAUAACAAUUCAGAGGAGUUUGAAUCAGCCAUCAAAGCAAUUAUGAGUACUAAGGUUGAACCUUACUUGCCCUAUGAAUACACAUCUGAAGGAAUGCUAGAGCGGAUUCAUGCCUACAUUCAAAACCAGGAUUUCUGUGCUUCUGCUGCUCUACCAGACAGGUCCAGCAGUCCGACUAUGCAAAGCUCUCUCAGUCCUUUCAUCCUGCAACUCAAUUCAACUGCCCUGGUAUGGUCUCAUAAUAUAACCAGCAGCCAUCUUCCAGCUUGGCCCCCAGUCAAGUCCCUGCAGGUGUGGCUAUCUGAGUCUGGCCAAGCAUGCACCAGAACUUGCCAGCAGCACAAUUUAGUCUGUGAGCCUGAGUUUUUCAAGUUCCUGAACAAAAAAGAAGUGUUCCAGCAGCUCAACAUUGUUUGUGAUAGCACAGAGUCUGAGAUGAAUCACCUUUAUCCAGCUGUGGCUGAAAAUGUCCGGGAAUGCUACCUUCAGAAGGAUCAUCUGUUAUUCAGCUGUGCUGGAUGCAAUACCAAGUACCAGCGCCUCUGCCCAUGCCGUGAUUACCAGAAGGGACAGGUGGCACUCUGCAGGGACUGUUUGUGACUUUACUGAGGCAAGUGUGUGGCAAUAUAUCACAUGCACUGAGUGACUUUUUUUUCAUAAACUCUUCUGCAAUAGUCAAGAGGGAUCUGGAAUUCAAGACAAUUCCAAGAAGGAACUUGUUGUUGGAGACUUACAAAAACACUUGGAUGCCAAUGUUUUUGGUUUGUCUGCCAUUCAAGGAUGAAUAACUCUUUUAAUGUUCCUUUACAACAACUCUUCUACCGCACCCAAAAUCAUUUGGCACCCCUGAAGGAACUUAGAAGAACAAGCUGACAUUUUUCAGAAAGCAAAGCACCUCUUUAGGAUCUCAUCUUCCUGAAACAUUAUUUUUUAUGAGGAAAAUAAGUUCAAAUUAAAGCGGGAAAGUCAUGAAAUAGUUGUGUACGUGUGUUUUUAUUGUUUUUUUUAAAGUGUCAUGUCUUCAGAAUGCUUGGUUAUCUCUUUGGAAAGGGCUAAUCUUUGUAGGAGUGUGGACUAAGCAAUGGGGCAUUCCCCCAGUGAUGUUGCUUUUAAUGUCACAAUCUUUGACAAUUGGUCAUGUUAUCUCAGGUUUAGUUGCAAUUCCAAACUUCUGGUUAUUGCCUAACCCUGUGAUAAAAGAUGACAUGGGAUAAAAAAAAGAAAAGAAUAAGGAAGUACUUGCCAAGAGAUGU